AUGUUUGACAUUCCGGAAGGAAAGUGUCCCUUCAAGGCAGGUGACUGGCUUAUCAUUCGCACAAAUGACAACAAGGCGAAGGCGCUGCACUGCCGCAUCACUGAAACAUACUUCUACCCGACCAUCAAAGUCGCUGAACCUAUUGUGCCCACAAUUUCGCAGCUCACGUUUCAGGCAGCUGCCUUGCCUUCGAAGAAGAUCCCGACGCCUGCACCAGCAUCUCGGGUGGAGGAUGUGUUCAAGCAGGCGACUUUCUACAUGUACGACCAGAACUUCGACUCCCUGUCGGUUGCUCAUAAGCGCGAGGCUAUAUUUGCCUUGCUUGAUCUACUUCCCAGCAUUAAUGACAUGAGGAAAUAUCUUCAGCGCAAGAAACAGUCAACAUUGACUUCGUGGGUGGAUCGACUGUCUCCUGCUGCUCUUGGCGUGCUGCGUUGGAUUAUCGCAUCGAACAGGGCUUGUAUCAUGCAAGUGCAGGAUCCGGAUACGCCAGGAUUUAAGACCCAAGAGCGCCUCUGCGGUAUGUCCGGCUGGACGCAAUUCAGGUUUGCGAUGGGUGCACCGGACAAAGAGCGCCGUUUCGUACAAGCUGUUCGGGACACCUCGAAUCGACUAAGCCUCAAGCAUGAUACCCUGUUCGCCUGGCAUGGUAGCCCCCUCCACAACUGGCAUAGCAUCAUUCGUGAAGGUCUACACUUCAAAGACACCGCUCAUGGCCGGGCGUACGGACACGGCGUCUAUCAUUCUCUGGAUCUCAACACGAGUUUGGGAUACUCCAGUAUGUAUGGAGGGGCAACAGGCGGUGGUUGGGCCAUGAGCAACAUCCACGUCUCCCAGGCCUUGGCCCUCAAUGAGAUCGUUAAUGCUCCCCAAGAGUUCGUGAGCAAGAGCCCUCAUCUUGUCGUUGCCCAAUUGGACUGGAUCCAGACUCGGUAUCUCUUCGUUCAGACACGAAAUCCAGAUUAUACUCAGCCAUCUGCACCGAAUAACACCAGCAAAGAGAUCAUGCCAAUAAAUCCAGUCCCACAAGACAGCUCGUACACCCCUCGAGGUGUUUCCGGCUCCUUGGUCAUUCCCCGAUCCGCUAUCCCGAGUCACCGUGGGCAAGGCUCCCGCACAGCUGACCCGUCUGCCAAACGUCGCAAGACUGCGAAUGGUACUACCUUUGCCGAUCCGAUCGAGCUCGAUGCAGAAGAUGAUGGAGCAAGUGUCGCCACGCUGGAAGAGGAUCGUUCUAUCUUUGACGAGGAUACUCCCAUGAUCCAACCUGGAACCCUCCACACGGGUAUCAUUACGCCGACUCCUUCUAAGGGAAAGGGUAAAGCCACUACAGGCUUCCUCUCCAAGCUAAUUGGCUCCAAAUCCUCUACUCCACCACUAUCACAGCCUCCGACUGAUUAUCUACCGGGUAAGCUUGAUUAUAGCCUGCUACAGAUGCUUGCUCAGCCGGCAUGGGCCACGCCGUCCGCUACUCGUCGUCUGAUGCAGGACUUCAAGGCGGUCAUCGCUAUUCAGCACCAGACGCCGCUGCAUGAACUGGGCUGGCAUAUCGAUGAAGAGAAGUUGGAGAACAUGUACCAGUGGAUCGUGGAGUUGCACUCUUUUGAUUCGACUCUCCCCCUGGCGCAAGAUAUGAAGAAGAGGGGAAUCACGAGCGUAGUGUUGGAAAUGCGUUUUGGCAAGGAUUAUCCGAUGUCGCCGCCAUUCGUCCGGGUCGUCAAACCGCGCUUUCUGGGCUUCCAACAGGGUGGAGGUGGCCAUGUCACUGCAGGUGGUGCUCUCUGCAUGGAGCUUCUCACUAACAAUGGAUGGAGCGCGGUGUCUACGAUCGAGUCAGUCCUGCUACAAGUCCGCAUGGCCAUGAGCUCGCUCGAUCCCAAGCCAGCACGUCUUGAGAACCAUAGCCGUGAAGACUACGGUGUUGGUGAAGCUGUGGAAGCAUACAUUCGUGCUUGCAAUGUACACGGUUGGACAGUGCCAGAUGGCUUCAGGGAGAUGGCAUUGGGUGGCGCUGCGCCUAGGUACAUUUGA